AUGAAGAUGAUUAUUGAUGACUCCGAUUCUGAUAGUGAAUUGGAGAUUUUUGCAAUAGCUGCUUCAGAAGAAGUGCAACUACAUAAUGAGAGACAAUUGGGAUUACGUUGUGGUUUCAUUCAAGGUCAUGCAGUUAUUUAUCGUAAUCGAAUUCAAGACCACAAGAGACUUUAUCAAAAGUACUUCUCUGAAACGCCUACAUAUCCUCCCAAUUUAUUCAGGAGGAGGUUCCGGAUGAGUGGAUGUCUCUUUCUUCGUAUUUUAUCUAUGGUGGAAGCAUAUGAUCCUUAUUUUGUCCAGAAACAAGAUACUCUUGGAGUUCUUGGUCUGUCUUUCCUUCAAAAGAUGAUAGUUGCUAGGAGGAUGCUUGUUUAUGGAAUAGCGGCAGAUUCUGUAAAUGAUUAUGUGAGGAUUGGAGAAAACAUUGCAAUAGAAAGUCUACAAAGGUUUGUUAGGACAGUGGUUACAAUUUUUUCAGAUGUGUAUUUGGGGACGCCAAACAAAGAUGACAUUGCUAAAUUACUAGAGGUGGGAAAAAAUCAUGGGUUUCCUAGAAUGUUGAGGAGCAUUGAUUGUAUGCAUUGGAAGUGGAAGAAUUGUCCUACUACAUGGAUAGGUAUGUAUUGUGGUCACAUCCAUGAACCAACUAUUAUUUUAGAAACGGUGACUUUCUAUGAUCUAUGGAUAUGGCAUGCAUUUUUUGGAUUAUCGAGAUCUCAUAACGACAUCAGUGUGCUAGAAUGUUCUUCUGUAUUUUUUCUCCUUGCUGAAGGGCGUGCUCCCCAAGUUAAUUACUCAAUCAAUGGAAAUGAUUAUACAAUGGGAUAUUAUCUCGUUGAUGGUAUAUAUCCUCAAUGGUCAAUAUUCAAUAAAACAAUCACAUCUCAGCGAGGCAAUAAGCCAACACAUUUUGCUAAAACUCAAGAGUCAGCAAGGAAGGAUGUCGAACGAGCAUUUGGAGUGCUCCAAGCAUGUUUUGCAAUUGUGUGA